AUGAGUUUCAUUGAUGAAUGUCUUGAACAAUUAUGGCAAGGUGAAGUAAUUAAAGAAGCAACAUUUCGUCAAAUUUAUGAAAAAGCAAAAGAAGUUCUUUCAAAAGAACCAAAUAUUAUUCCAGUUUCACUUCCAGUAACAGUUUGUGGAGAUAUUCACGGACAAUUUCCUGACUUUUUAGAAUUGUUUAGAGUAGGAGGAAGAGUUCCUGAAACGAAUUAUAUUUUUAUGGGAGAUUAUGUUGAUAGAGGAAUAAAUGGUGUUGAGGUGUUCAUGUUAUUAAUUGCAUUAAAAGUUAAAUACCCUCGUAGAGUUACUCUUUUAAGGGGUAAUCAUGAAACAAGACAAAUCUCACAAACAUAUGGUUUUUACGAUGAAUGUAUGAAAAAAUAUGGUAAUUCAGAUGUAUGGAAAAUGUGUUGUGAUUUAUUUGAUUUAUUGGCUCUAAGUGCUUUAAUUGAUAAUCGUAUAUUAUGUGUUCAUGGUGGUCUUUCUCCAGAAAUUAAAACACUUGAUGAUAUAUCAAAAAUUAGUCGAUUUAAAGAAGCUCCUCAUGAUGGGGCAUUUUGUGAUUUAUUAUGGUCUGACCCUGAACCUGAAGUUGACACUUGGAGACCAUCAAAUAGAGGGGCUGGUUAUCUGUUUGGUGAAAAAGCUACAACAGAAUUUGUUCAAAGUAAUAAGUUAGAUUUCAUUGCUCGUGCUCAUCAAAUAGUUAUGGAAGGUUAUGAUUGGAAAUUUAAUAAAUUAGUAUGUACAGUAUGGUCUGCUCCAAAUUAUUGUUAUAGAUGUGGUAAUCGUGCUUCUGUGAUGGAAUUAGAUGAUUUGGGAAAUCAAAAUUUCUUAUUAUAUGAUGCUGCCCCAGAAGUUUGUAUUUUUUUACUUAAUGUUUAA